UCUAACUUAUAAUGUGUUUAACUUAUCAAACAUGUGAUUGGUAUGUAUGUGGGAGUAGCAACGGUGGGAGUAUUCAUCAUAUGGUACACACACGCAGCAGCUUCAUGAGAAUAGAUUUGAGCCAAGACGGUCAUAUAUAGCCUUGUGAGCUAUUCACAGCUAGCUCAUUGGGGGCAGUGCUCUUCAUGGGAAGGCUUCAAAGUCUCUCCUUUCACAGCUGACUCUCAGACUUUCACCUUCGACAUAAACCUGUGACAUUUGGGCUCCACUUUGUGAUACUAUACGUGCCGUUCUUAGCUCAGGUGUUCAGGAUAGUGCUGCUGAGCUUGAACGAGUGGCUGCUGGUGUUGGCUGUGGGUGAUUCUGAUAGAUGAAGUUUUCAAGUUUGUAGGAAGGUUGACCAGUGGCUACCGCUACUCGCCUCGCGCUCCAUCCGCUAAGCAAAAGGCGGAGUAAGAAUAAAUAAUUGAAGCUCAUUAUUAUUGUUGUUAGACUCUAGUUUUAGCUGAAAUUCACUUUGUUGCUUAACUCAAAUCAGCUUCAUUGGUGACUUUUUAAUUUCUUCUAAACGAGAAUUUUUGGAUUGACAAAAAAUGGUCUCAUUUUGGUUCAUGGACAUGGGCCAACACAUAGCCCGAAACGAAAAAAUGAAUGUCUCAACCAGCAAAGCUCAUUCAUUGUUGUGUUUCUAUACUUGUUCUCGAUGGGUAUGUGUCCUUGCGAUUAUGUGUUGGAAUCAAUGAAACCGACUUUGUUUGAUAAAUCAUAACCGUCUGAAUAGUACAAAUGCAACAAAAAGAUGUCCAUUUAAUAUCAUAUUGUUGAAGAGAAAUAACACAAAAAGACACUAUGAUUGUAGUAGUUUCUUUCAAGAUUCACUGCCUUCACUCUAUAUAUAUGUUCAUGGAACUUUUAGCUCUAGUUCGGUUACUCUAGCUGCAAUGUGUAUAUUUAUGUAUCAUGUAUUAUCAUGUAUGUAUGUGCACGUGUGAGGUAUUUUUGUGUGUGUGUGUAGUUUACAGGAACAAAAGAUUAAGGAGUAAGCUUUUGCACAGAUAUAAAAAGCUUGAGAAGGAAGAAAAGCUGAUGGGGGACGGUGCAAUUAAUUGACAAGGAAUCAGAUUCCCACACCACUAAUGUUCUUACUUUUUGUUUCCUGUCCUUAUCACUUCUUCCACGUUUUAUGUCUAUUAUUAGUAUCAAUUAUUACCAUCAACUAGUAAUUAAUUAAAACAUUAAGAUUUGCAUUUACUUAACGACCUCAGAUACUACAAACCUAAAAACGAAUCCUGUAAAACCAGUAACUCAUUCUAUUUUUAUAUUAUUCAAAACUUAACAUCAUAUUCAAGUUGGGUUGAAGCGUUCGAGUUAUAUAAUUUGGAGGAUGAUGAAUGCAUCAUUUGACAAAAUGAUUUUUCUUCAGACUCAUAAGGAUGAAACAUCAAAACAAAGCUCAAAGUGAACAAAUGGUUCACACACACAAUAUUUACAUGAACUCUAAAUAUAGUACGUGGUAACCCGUAACCACAUAUUGACACACACACAUAUAUAAACAAACGAGAGAGACUCUUGAAUAUUUUUCCAAUAUGUUAUUGUUAAUUUUCAUUAUGGGUAAACUAAACAUUUAUGAUGAGAAAAAUUACAAUAACAUUUUAAAUGGCAUUUAAUUUGAAGGCAAAACUCUAUGAAACAACAAAGUAUAAUGAAAUGGAUGGCUUAUAUAGUUUUAUAUGUAGAAUUGGCAUAUUAUUAUGUUAUCUAGUUUUCUUUUUCAUAAAGUAGAAAACCAGAGAUUCUUAGACCAUAUAUAUAUCAGUGAUAUCAUAUCACACAAUUAACUUUACACGAAAUACAUUUUCCGAGGAAAUUGCGCAAAGGUAACUUAAUCUCAAACGAGCAUUUAUCAAAUUUAAAGGGUGAAAGAAGGCGAAGAAUAAUGAUAAGAGUAUACAUAAUGGUUUGGUACAUGUAAAGGUGGUCGUGAUGGAUUCAUGCAUGAACGUCCUUUUAUCAUUUUUUCGUUUAUUGACAAAACAAAACUUAUUCGCGGUGGAGAGUUUUGCCCCACUCGAAGCAGUGUGUUAUAAUAAUGCUGCAAGUAGGCUAUCUUUGACGGCCCCUUUCUGAAAAAGUGGUUGCGCAAUUUAUAAACGAAACGAGUAAUGACGUCAAAGAAAAACAAAACGAGUGAUCAAUGAAGAGAUAAGAGAAAGAUUAAAAAGAGAAAAAGGGAAAGAGUAGAGAAAAUACAGAGAGACAAACUGCAAAAUGUAAAGCUAUUUUAACAAGUAGUACGUUUUGUUACAUAAUACUUUGGCCUAUAAAUAAAAGUUGGAGUCGCAAACGAACGACUCUUUUCACUUUGAAAUAAAAUUUCUUUAUCAACUACAAGACCCGUAAAAAAAAAAAAAAACUAGGGAAAUUAGGUGAUAUAACCAAACAAAAACCCAUAAUUCAUUAUAUAACCAAAAUCACACCCUCUCUCCUCUUUUCUCUUCCUAUCUCUCUCUAACCUCUUUCUACAAAAUUAUUUUUUUUUUUUUUUGGUUAUAUCACAAAUAAGCCCAAAAAACUACAACACCCGUGUGUUGUAUUUUCUUCUAGUACUUAUGUAUAUGAAUUUUUUUCUUUUGUAAUGAUUGUGUAGUCCUUAUACUACUAACUAAACAUUCAUUAAGUAAAUACACUGAAAAACAAUAAUAUAAAAAUACAUCUAGCUACAAUUUACAUCGUUUAGUUCAUAAUGUUGAAUUCCUAUACUUUACUCAUCUAACAUUAACAUAGAUGGAAUCGACUUCCGAUGACAAAAAAAAAAAAAAAAAAAGAUGGAAUCGACUUCCUGAAAUACCAAUCAAAAAAAAAAUUUGCCUUAUUUUUAAGAUGAUCCAAAUUAAUAAAUGCAGAAAUAUUUACACUCCUCGCUGUAUAAAUAGACAAGAUCCCACCAAAAGUGUAAUAGAGAAUGAUGAUGAUGUGCUUUAGAUGUGGCAUAUGGGGCUUGGCAUAUAAAUUAUAGAGAUGUCAUAUAUCUUAUUUCUCUGGUUAGUUAUACAUGCACUUAAAUUUCCUCAAAAACAAAAAGUCAAGAGAUAACUCCCAACUUAUUUAUUUUUGUAAUAAACUAACAAUUUUAGUUCCAAAUAGACCUUGAAAAUUCCACAAAACUUAGGUUAUGAGAGAUCAUAUAUCAUUCUUUUUAAGAUUGUUUAUACGAAUUUAAGAGCUCGUCCUAAACCUAUAAUUUUUGUUUUUGGAAUUUUAGAAUUCGGGUGAUGAUUUUUGAAAAAUAAGAAGAAAAUAUUGUAUUUUUACUGGAAAAGAAGCAAAAAAAUUGGAACGUUUUUUUAAAGGGCAUUUUUUUUUUUGGGAUUCUUCUUGAACCUUGAUAGAUGUUCGAUGAUAUUCAUUUAAUUUUGACAAUGAUAAUUACCCUUCUCUGUAUAAACAGCUUAUUUUCAAGAGGGGCAUUUAGUUGGCAAAGCAGGCUUUUGGCCUUGCAUCGCUUGAUGUAACCACAAAACUCUUAUAUGAAUUUAAUGAAUAUGCGUUCCAAAAAAAAAAAAGAACAUAUGCUUUUACUUGUCUGCAAAACAUUGUAUGACUCUUUUAUUUAUGAAUCAAAACCUUUGACCCAAAAAAAGAAGAACAUAUGCUUUUACUUGUCUACAAAAUUGAAUUAGUUUUCCAAGCAAUACUCUAUAAUUUGGCUUCACUAGUUAAAAGCUCAAACUACUAGGUUUCAACAUGUCUAAUUCGAUUUAUCUCUACCGAGGAGAAAAUAGUUGGAUAAUCUUUUCAUGCAACUUUUUGGUAUAUAAUUUCAAAAAAUUUCUUCCCUAUAUUUAUAUUUAUUCCAGACUCCAGAGACGUCUGGGAGAGGAGCCUUAUAGGCGAAGAAAUGUCACCACUCAAACCCUAAAAAGUUGAAUCACAUAUAAAAAUUACAAAGAUGAUUAUAGACGCGUAGACGCAGGAUAUGGGAAUGGGAAUUAUACAAAUGUAUAUAAUCAUAAAAAGGACCGAAACUCCUUUUCUUUUUCUCGUUAAAAAAAGCAUUUCCUUCUCUUUAUUUUGUCUUUGUUCUCCUUCUCUCUUCUCACUAUCCUCUUUGAUUCUGUGCUCUCUUCACGUUUCUCUUUGGUCGUCUGGUUUCCUAUCUUUCGUUUUGCCCUUUUAUUUUUUUUUGAUUCCCCACCAAGUUUCCCCUAAAAAUCCAUCAAACUUUAUUAAAGAAGGAAGAAAUAAUAAAGGGUAUAGAAGAACAAUGGUUUUCUCAUCCAAUUGGUCACAGGUUUCACUUCUUUGAUCUUCCAUUACUAAUGUUUUCUCUUAAAUUCUUCAUUGAUAUAUUUUAAUUUGAUUCGUCUUAGAAAUAUUUGAUUCAUUUCCAAAAGAUAUUCUUAUUCUCAUCUUCUUUUCUGUAACCCGCUUUGCUUAAAAUUCAACAUCUAUAUAUAUGCCUACGAAUUCAAACCAUCAUCAGCAUCAGCUUCACGAGAAUGGAAGUUUAGUGAGCGGCCACGGACUACUUUCUCAACAACUUCCACCUUGCCCACCAAACCCUAACCCUAACAACCACUAUGCUGCUGUCGCCAGUGGUCUUCCGGCGAGGCUUGGUGGAUCCAUGGCUGAGAGAGCGAGGCAGGCCAAAGCUCCUCCACCUGAGGGGGCCCUAAAGUGUCCUCGAUGCGACUCCAUCAACACUAAGUUUUGUUACUACAACAAUUACAACCUUACUCAGCCUCGUUACUUCUGCAAGGCUUGCCGCCGCUACUGGACACGUGGCGGCGCCCUGAGGAACGUCCCCGUGGGUGGUGGCUGCCGGAAGAAUAGCAAAAAGGGUAAAAAUGGCAACUCAAAAUCUUCAUCUUCGUCGUCCAAACAGUCUUCUUCCACGGUCAACGAUCCAAGUUCCAACUCAGGACAGCUAAGGACAAACUAUCAGUUCCCGUUUUUACCAACUCUUCACAAUCUCACUCAACUAGAAGGUAUCGGAUUGAAUUUAACUGCCGCUAAUGGCAACAACCAAGGCCACCAGAUUGGUUCUAGUUUGAUGAACGAUCUAGGGUUUCUUCAUGUCGGAAAUGGACGAAACAUAGCAGCUCCGAUUAGUGGAAACAUUCAUGACAACAACAAUAACGGUGCAAGCAGCCUAAUGAGCCACUUCAAUCUCUUCGAUCCAACGACGGGGCUACACGCUUUCCAGAACGGUGGAAAUAUCGUAAACAACGUCGGAAUAUCUUUUUCCUCUACGUCCAUGGUUGAUUCUAGGGCUUACCAGGCCGCUCCAGUGAAGAUGGAAGAACAACCCGGUUUGGUUAACUUGUCUAGACCGGUCUCCGGUUUGACGUCUCCCGGGAACCAAACAAACCAGUACCUUUGGAACAGUUCAGAUUUCUCGGGUCCUUCUUCUAACGAUCACCACCAACUCUUGUGAGAUUUAGUGUAUCUGUUGGAUCGUUAAUAUUAAUGUAUGUUACGACGAAACGGUCAUGAUCAAAUGCAUGCAGAGUACGUGUGUGGGACAGUGAUGGUGGAGACGUAUUCUGAUACAACUAAAAGGUAUCUUAAUCAGAGUUUGUGGUUCUUCAACUUAAGAUCGAUAUUUAUGUAUAAUCAGGUGAGUCAUUUGUUUUCUAUUAUGUGGUUUCAUGGUAAGUCUGAAGUUGCUAUGUCUCUCAACGAAUUCGUGUCGAGUGUGUAACAGUCCACUUUGUAUACGUUUUUAAACUAAAUCUCAUGGAAUAUAUAAUGGUUUCAGCUAUUA